AUGUGGACGGCGUAUCCGUUUGCGGACAACAACAGUGAAAGAGUGCUGCGGGCUACGAAGCUCUCGUUUGUGGACUCGGUAUGGGAAAUACUCGGUGCGUUCUUGCAGCGCGUGCCUCUGGUUCAUAUCCAACAGCCACGCCGACAUCAAGACGGUAUUUCCGCAGACCAGGGCAUUGCGAAAAGUGUCGUCCUCGAUGAUAGAGCGCGGUAUUUGGAAGUUAUGCGCACCGAGCGCAUUACACGGUUCACUGCUGUCCCGAGCGUGUUGGCGAUGUUGCUCUUGCAAACAAGAGAGACUGAUCGGCAGGAAAAGUUGACCGGACUUCGCUAUAUCUUGAGCAGUGGGGAAGCUCUCUCCUUGCGUGUCGUUCAAGAACUUACGACAGCCUUACCAGACGUGACCAUUCUGAAUCUUUACGGCAGCACGGAAAUGAGCGGCGACGUGACGUGCAUGGAGUUGAAUGCGCCA